AUGGCAUCUUCUACCGAUAGUAAACUUGUUAUUGAUCGAACUGCAUUCGAAGCUUAUACACAACUUCGAGCGAUUGCUAAAAAAUACAAUGUCGAAGACAAACUCGAAGUACCUCAAUUGGUUCUUGUCGGUGAAACAUCAACCGGCAAAUCAAUGCUCGUACAAAAUUUUCUUCGAUUUCCUUGUUCAUUCUCUCAGACAGGAGUUGCAACACGUUGUCCAGUAGCUUAUCGACUUGUCUACAAUCCAACGUUACCAAUUGGUGAACUUCGUAUUAUUCGACCAAGAGGUAUUACUGCCCCUCAACUAGCAAAUUAUUUAGAAAAGUUAAUGAAACGUAUUCAAGAAGAAUGUUCCGCAACAGGUGGCUUUCGAUUAGAACCUGAAUGGAUCGAAAUUGAAAGUGCUGAAUAUACGGAUUUUGAAAUUCUUGAUCUACCUGGUCUAGUUGGUGGUGAUAAAGUGGCUGAAAAUCGAAAAGCAGUAGAGAAAAUAGCCGAAGCUUUUGUACGUAAUCCUCGAUUCUCCAUUGUUCUAUUGAAAGAGACGACACAAAUUACUGAUAAUAGUCAUGGAGCACGUGUCAUUGAUGAACUUUGUAAGAAACAAAUAAGUUCUGAUUCAUCUUUAUCAGCACGACCCAAUUACCAUGAAAAUAUGAUUACUAUUCACACGAAAUUUGACUCGUUUAUGUUGAAUUUUACCAAUGGAACUGCAGCCAAUAAUGAAAUGUCAAAGCAAUUACAAGAUUUUGGUCCUUCUUUCUUCACUAAUAUGAUUUUUGAUGGAUAUUCAAUGGUAGAACGAUCGUUUGAUGAUAAUGUUGCCUAUCUUCGGGAUUUACCACGUCGAGAACAGCAAGAAAUAGACAGAUGGAUUGAGAAAAUGAAUCAAAAGAGUGUUGAAUCAGCAGAUGGUUAUCAACGUUUCAAUGAAAAAUAUCGGAAACUUAUUGGCAUCGACGCUGUACGAAAUCAAAUUCAAUCACUCUGGCUCAAAUCAUUUCGUUCAGCAUUGCCAAAAUUAAGAGAGAAAAUUCAAGAUGAACUUGAUAAAGCUCAAUGUCAAUACGAUGAGGAACAAGAACGAUACAAAUUACUCGAUCCUCGAGCUCUUCGAGAUACCUAUAAAAAUUAUAUCCGUGAUUUUCACAAGAUUCUUUGUCAAUAUGCAAGUUACCGAUCGGAAAUCGACUUUAUUUUUACACUCGAACGAUAUGGUCACACAUAUGAGGAAAUUGAAAAUUCCUAUAAUGAAUGGCCUCGUAAGAAAACAGUCACUUGGCGAGCAUAUUUAAGUGUAAACGAUUUGAAACGGCUACAUCCCGAUGAACGUGAACUGAUCAAUGCACGUUAUGUUGGUUGUCGUCAUUUUGUACGACUUCACAAUCUCUUCUCAUAUAUGAUUCUAAAUUUUAAACCACGAGAACCAACUCGAGAUUGGAUUGAAUCAGCUGCUUCACUUUUAGCUUCGAGUACAACAGAUUUUGAUGAUUUAGAAAAAGCUGUUCGAGAUAUUCUUCGUACGCUCAUACGUGAAACAUCUCUCAUGGG